AUGUCAGUCCUGAUCUCCGCAGAGUCCACUCUGCCCACCCACCCGCCCUGGAAGUCCGUCCCCGGGAUCUACAACUUCCGCGACCUCGGCGGCUACCCCAUCCAAGGCAGUACUGGCAGCGUCCGGCGAAAUCUCAUCUACCGCGCCGCCGAGCCCUCGCGCGUCACCGCCGACGGCAUGGCCGUCCUCAUUGCCAAGCUCAACGUCACCGCCACCUACGACCUCCGCUCCAACCCCGAGAUCGAGAGCCUUUCCGACACCUGCCCCGUCAUCGAGAUCCCCGGCAUCACCCGGCACUUUGUUCCCGUGUUCGAAGAAGACGACCUCAGCCCCGAGGCCCUGGCAAAGCGCUACAGCUCCUACACCAGCGGCGACCUACCAAGCGCCUACCGCUCGAUCCUCACCGCCGGCGCGCUCCUCUCCUACCGCGCCAUCUUCACACACCUGCUGGAGCGCCCCACGGAGCCGCUUGUGAUCCACUGCACGGCGGGUAAGGACCGUACGGGCGUCGUGUGCGCGCUGCUGCUGAUGCUUGCGGGCGUCGACGACGAGCUCGUGGCCGCCGAGUACGCGCUGACGGAGGUGGGGCUCGAGCCAUUCAAGCAGGCGAUCCGCGAGCGGCUGUUAGGUAGGCCGCAGUUUAUGAAGGGCGAUGAAGAGGCGAGGAGGGGGUUGGAGAAUAUGUUGAGUUCGACCGUCGAGACGAUGCGCCGCACAACGGCUAUGAUACGCGACGAGUUUGGCGGCGUGGAGGCGUACAUGGUGCGCAAUUGCGGGUUCACGGCGGAGCAGGUGGCGGCCAUAAAGCGCAACAUCACGAGCGAGGAGCGGCCGUGCUUUGCGCUGGAUGCGCAGGGGAAGCUGGUGUAUGCGGAGGAGCAGAAGGGGAAGUAG